CCUGGUCGGAUACUACAUGCUAAUCUUAAGCAAGGAGCAGGCCGGGGUCGAGAGGGCACUGGGGAGCACUUUUUACGCCCUGGGUGAGUAGCUGAUGAAGGGCGGUGUGUUCGUGUGUGUGUGUGAGCUUAGUGUAUGUUUGUGAUAGCUUGUGAGUGUUUGUUUUAUUUUAUACCAGUUUCUGUUCGUGUGAGCACAUCUUAAUUUGAGUGUGUGUUUGUUGAUGUGUUAUUUUCAAUCUCAGUGUGUGUGCAUAUGACACUUGUAAGGUAGUUAGUCUUGUUAGAAGGUGUGUUUGGUGCUACAAUGUUAUGUAAAUGUGUCUUUGUGAAUUUUUUUGUUUGUUUGUUUCCUAGAAAUGCGUACCUGUGUGUAUCAGUGUCGUGUUAAUGUUGUGUUUAUAUGUGGGUGUGGCAGUGUUGGGGGUUUUUGUUUAUGUCUUUCUGUAUGUUAAAUGUUAUAAGAAUUUUUUUAUGUAUGUGUGUGUGUGAAUGUCAAGGUUAAUAUGUAUAUGUUAGGGGUGUGUUUUAAUAUGUAUUUUGUGCAAGACAUAGAGUGAGAGUAAACAUGUAGACCGUGGCAACACCAGCUUCCACUAUUGUCUAGACAUUACGUCAAAUCUCAUUUUGUCGCAAGACAUCCUGUAAAAAUCUCGUCCUGUCACAUCUCGUCCUGUCACAUCUCGUCCUGUCACAUCUCGUCCUGUCACAUCUCGUUCAUGUCAAAUCUCAAGUUGUGUUCGCUUCAAAACUCCCCAUCCCUAUUCUAUACGUAUAUUUCUCAACUUUCAGAUCCAAUGGUCAUUGCUGGCAUGUGACCUUCCACCUGUGGCCAUUGUGCAGAAUGUACACAUUGGCCACAGAUUUUCUUUGGUUGUAAAACAUGGUGUUGGUUUAGUCUGUUCGAUACUUUUCAAGUAUUCAUAUCAAAUAGAUGUAAUCGAUUACUAAAGUUUUUAUUUUUUAAUUAUUUUUUAUUCAACAGGUGGUUACAACAAUAAGCAAAUGUUGGAUUACCUGGAGAGAAAGAUCUUAGGCAAGACUUACUUAGACCGGUGUACCGAGUACUCAGCCAACAUCAACAACUACCUCAAGACCGUGUUCAUUGGCCAGGAAACGGAC